AUGGUCCUUCAACGUGCUCCACAGCAAGCCAUCGUAUGGGGAUAUACAGAUACUUUAAAUGUACCUAUUAGAUUGACAAUGAAUAAUAAAAGUUAUUAUACGAUGAGCUACAAAUCAUUUAUUGAAUUAGCAAAUGUAUCAAUAUGGUCCGUUACACUUGAUGCUCAAACAGACGAAGGACCAUUUCAAAUUCAAGUGACUCAACCGUUAGCCAACGGAUCAAUGCAAACCAUAACAUUAAAUGAUGUUUUGUUCGGUGAUGUUUGGAUUUGUUCGGGCCAAUCGAAUAUGCAAUUUGCUGUUAGUAAAAUGUUCAAUGCAACAAUCGAAAUAGAAAAUGCUGGCAAGUAUUCGAAAGUAAGAUUAUUCACUGCAUCAACUGCACAAGCUUAUACACCGCAAGAAGAGCUGCUCUCUAUUGGAUUACGAUGGUCAGUAGCAUCGGCAACUAGUGUUGCAAGUGGAUAUACAUCAGCAGUAUGCUGGCUUUAUGGUCGAAUGAUACACGAGGGACUGGGCGGACGACCUAUGGGUCUCAUACAUACAUCAUGGGGUGGAACUGAUAUUGAAUAUUGGUCCCCGCCUGAAGCUCUUAAAGACUGUGGUAUCACAGAAAGUAAUCAAAUAAUAUCUGCAGCAAAAGAUCAGAAAUCUGAAGAAAAAGUUAAUGUAGUACUCAAUAAUACAGUUCUAUACAAUGCAAUGAUUCAUCCGUUUACAAGAAUGGUUAUUAAAGGAGCUGUAUGGUACCAAGGUGAAAAUAAUGCAAAUUUUAAUCGUGACAAAUAUCCUUGUACAUUUUCUAAAAUGAUUGAAUAUUGGCGGGCUAUAUGGCAUACGCGCACGAAUUCUAUCACCGAUCCAUUGUUUCCUUUUGGUUUUGUUCAACUAUCGACAAACGAUCGAACUGGUAAGGUUGUUGGAGGAUUUCCUUGGAUACGUUGGCAUCAAACAUUUGAUGUUGGCUAUGUACCUAAUUCAGUUGUGCCCAAUGUAUUCAUGGCAGUUGCGUUAGAUCUACGUGACGAUGAAGGAGGAAUUCAUCCACGAAAUAAGCUUGAUGUUGGAUAUCGCUUAUCUCGAUCUGGACUUGCUGUUGCAUACGGUUACAAAAACAUAACAUAUCAAGGACCUACUGUUGCGAGUAUCUCUGUAGCGUCCGAUAGUAGAAAAAUAAAUAUUACCUAUGCAGGCCAGAUGUCAUCUAGUGUUGAACUACGAAAUCCAAAUGGAUUCGAAAUAUGCUGUACAAGCAAACCGGUUUGCCUAUCGAGUGAAUCAGUAUGGGCUACUGCUACAGCUAGUCAAAUACAAGGGUCAUCGUUGGCUAUUUCUCUUGCUGUGCCAAGUUCGUGUAUAUUAAAACCAAUCAUUGGACUGCGUUAUUUGUGGAGAGAAACUCCUUGCUUAUUCAAACAAGCAGCUGUCUACAGUUCAACAGAUUCAGACCUGCCCGCUCCACCUUAUAUUCAUUUCUUUUAA